AUGUGCGAAGGAAACAGAACAUGGAAGGACUUAAGCAGGUCUUUAGCUUUUCCAUUUUCAUUUUCUGUGGAGAUCAAAACACCAAACAUAUAUGGUUUCUCGUGUAAAACAGUUAGCCUUGUACAGGUAAAGUGCAUAAUAGACAAAAUUACCCACAAUAAAUAUUCCUCUGAGUUGCUCUUCUCGAAAACGUAUAAGAUGUGCGCAUUAACAAAAGCAAUACAGAAGAUUUCCUCAUCUCGGGUAUUUAUGAUUGAUCAGCUUUUCUUUUCUUGGCCAAUUUUUGAGCAUUAAUUAGAUUCUUCGAGUAAAAGUGAUCCUCUGUCGAUUGAACACGUUACUUGGGUGCAAAAUUGACCGCCUCCAAUUGUACGAAUGAAGUGUUAACUUUAGUUUCAUGCUCCAACAGAAACGUAUGUGUGAUAUGAUGUCCUGUAAGCCAGUUUUCUUUCUUUCUUUUGGCUUUCCUGAUGCAAAUCCUGCAAAUUCAGCCGAUGAGUUUAUUUGUUUCAUGCACUUCCCUCGGCCAAGGUCCAUGCUUAUUGCUACUGAAGAAAACUUAAAAGACUGUUCAAGGAAGAGUUUCCGUUGGUAUGUUCGAAUUAAGGGCACCCAACGACUGUUUACUGUGAAAUAUCUGUUCGGAGAAGCAAAUAUGGCCUAGAAUUUUCUAUUACUUGAGGACAGCUAAAGUUUCUAGAUGACUGUUCCACUCAUGUACAAUUUUCGAAGCUUAAAUAUCUAAUAGAAUCCCUACGAUUUUCUCAAGUUUAAUUUUCACAUUUCACUUGCCAAGUUAGGCUAGUUUCGUAGGGAAAAGGAAACCUAACAUUUUAGGACUCAAAAAUGCAAUGGAGAGAGAAAUCAGAAAACAUCUCACUUUCGUAACCCGUCAAAUUGCAUCUAAAAUUUAUAGCCCUUGUAGUUUCGAAAAGACUCAAGUUUCCCUAGGAUGACCGAACAGAUACAAAUAAUAUUCUAUAGCGCCGCUUAGAAUGCAUUUUUAGACAUCCAAAAGUACUCCGGAUAGCCUUAUAAGUGUUAUCCAUGCAUUUAAGAGGAAACCGUCGUUGGGUACCCCUGAGUGCAUAAUAGAUAAAUACCUCUUCACGAAAACGUACAAAAGAUGUGCGCAUCAAAAACAGUUCUCGAAGAUUUCCUUAUCUCACAUUUAAGAUUGAUCAGCUUUUCUUUGCUUGGCCAAUUUUACUGCAUUAAUUAGUUGUUUUCUACUACAAAGGAGAUUCUUCUAGUAAAAGUGAUCCUCUGUCGAUUGAAUAAGUUUCUUGCAUAAAUUCAUCGGGUGCAAAAUUGGCCUCCUCCGAUUGUACGACUGAAGUGUUAACUUUAGUUUCAUGCUCUUACAGAAUAAAUAUCUCUCCUUUCUUGAACCUUGGACUAAACAUAUGUCUGAUAUGAUGUCCUAUAAGCCACUUUCUUCCUUUCUUUUGGCAUUCCUAAUGCAAAUCCUUCAAAUUCAGCCGAUGAGUUUAUUUAAUUCAUACACUUCUCUCGGCAUAGCCCAUGCUUGUUGUUAUUGAAGAAAAUUUAUAGGGCUAUUCAAGUAAGAGUUUCCGCUGGUAGGCUCGUAUUGUCAUCGUCAUUACAGCUAUGUAUGUUGGUUCAACCUCCCAAUAAUAUGAUGGCUGCAUUACAAUGGCGAUGGGCCUAUUACUUUUCAGAGUACGCUUCGAAGGCUGCUUGUAGAUACAAUGUAUCUCGUUCUCAUGAAGGAAAACUCAAAACCUACCAAGAUACAUAAAGACAAAGUCGCUCAGAAGUUUAUAGCUAGGUACAGACUUGAGAACAAAACUGAAAUACGCCUGUAAGUUUCUCGCUAAUUUGCUGUCCAAGGCCAGCCGUCAGUCUAUAGGCAUUGAUAAUGCUGCCUCGAUCACUGAGGGUUAAAUUUCUCAAUGGAGAAAGCAUGUUCAUCUGUAGCAUGUCUCCACCACAAAAUGUGGUUGGUAUAAGCAAUGAUCUUUGAUGGAAAUCAAACACUGCCUUUUAAUUUUAAAAUUAAGCAAUCUGUGCUUGUGUGAGUAGACAAUGCCUCUGGUCUCUUUCCACUUAACUUAUAAAAACUAAUCCUAGGCUUGCAAAUAGUAAUACUUCAAUUUAACUGAGGUUUGCAAAUUAAGUCACUAACAUUGGAGCACUGUUUCGGUCUAUCCACUGCAAUUCAUGGGCUCAUGGUAUUAAAUUAUUUCCCCUGAACUAUCAAGAAAAUGUCUCAGUUAUGUUGAAGCAAGGAAGGUCACGCUGGAAAAUUACUCUCACUCCACUUAUACGCAGUCAUCUUUUUUCAUAAAUUCUCUAUAGUAACGUGGAAUUUUUUCACGUCAGUUUUGCAGCCAGUAGAGCUAGCUGUAUGUUACGGUAACAACGACAACAAUUUUUAUCGUACCCAAAUCGUUGCUGUAGUUCUGAUCCAUUCCGUCAAUAGAAAGAUUAGACGUCAUAAGAUUAACCCCCAUUUAUUUUUCACUUUGUUUACAACAAGAAAGCUUAUCAGGAGUAAUGGCUAUCGAACCAAAUUGUCAUAAAGCACGUUGAGCCACAUACAACUGAACCAACGAACUAUAUUCAGUUGUUGUUGUCGUUUUCUUAACCAGUUUACUUUCAGAAAUUCUCUUUUUCUAAUCGCGGCUAUUUUGCGGACAAAAUGAACACUAACAAAGCGCAGCAAGGGGUGUACUUGCAAGUCAUAAUCUAUGUCAUGUACCUAUCUGUAAUGCACAUUUGUUAUCUGUUAAAGUAAUAAACUAGUAAUUUGCUUCGUAAUUAUUACGUUCUUUGUUGACGAUUCAUUCUUGCAGUUCUCGAGAUUUAAAAUGAAGGCUUACAAAAAACGUGAAAAGAUGACUUCCCUGUCUAUCAAUCUCUUCCUAUGACAAAAGAUUUAAACCGUAAAAUAAUGAGUAUAUAAUUGUGUCUGUUUCGUUUCACCCACGUUUUGGGUUCUACAAAAACUGAGAACGACACAAUCGACCAAAACUGAUCUCGAUCCACGCAAAGUUAAGAUUCAGUUGUGCAGCCAGAGUGAUCCAUGGCCAUAGAUAAUUAAUUUCAUCUUACACACCUCGUUUUCCUUUUUUUCGGAAAAUGGCCAAUUGCUCCUACUCUAACCAUGGUCAAUCGCUUCUUGUCUAAAAUUUCCGUGAUUCUCUUCAUAAAGCUUUUCAGCAAGAUGAGAAGAAUUACGUUCCAAAUUGUGAAUCUACACAAAUUGAUCAGGGAAAUGACAUUCAGUUAUUGAGUAGUGUGUGGUAG